AUGAACCCCGCCGAAGGGGCAGCGGAGGAAGGAGCGGUCCCGGAUUCGGAGGUGGACGCCUUUUUCCGAACAGGAUCUUUCCGCAAUGAUGGCUUGAAAGCUGCUGAUGUCCUUCCCAUACUAAAGGAAAAGGUGGCCUUUGUUUCAGGCGGCCGUGAUAAACGAGGAGGUCCCAUCCUGACAUUUCCAGCACGCAGUAAUCAUGACAGAAUAAGGCAGGAAGAUCUUCGGAAACUUGUGACUUACUUGGCUAGCGUACCAAGUGAAGAUGUCUGCAAACGGGGUUUCACAGUCAUCAUUGAUAUGAGGGGGUCUAAGUGGGACCUGAUCAAACCUCUCCUGAAGACUCUUCAGGAGGCCUUUCCUGCAGAAAUUCAUGUUGCCCUGAUAAUCAAGCCUGAUAACUUUUGGCAGAAGCAGAAGACAAAUUUUGGAAGUUCAAAAUUUAUCUUUGAGACAAGCAUGGUCUCCGUUGAAGGUUUAACAAAACUGGUUGAUCCCUCCCAACUAACAGAAGAGUUUGAAGGAACUCUGGAUUACAAUCAUGAUGAAUGGAUAGAGCUGAGAGUUUCCUUGGAAGAAUUUUUCAAUAGUGCCAUCCAUUUAUUAUCCAGGCUGGAGGACCUUCAGGAAAUGCUGGCUAGGAAGGAAUUUCCAGUGGAUGUGGAGGGUUCAAGAAGACUAAUAGAUGAACAUACCCAGCUCAAGAAGAAAGUAAUCAAAGCUCCAGUGGAAGAAUUGGACCGUGAAGGUCAACGGUUAUUACAAUGCAUAAGAUGCAGUGAUGGUUUCUCUGGUAGGAACUGCAUUCCUGGCAGUGCAGAUUUCCAAAGUCUUGUGCCAAAGAUUACCAGCCUUUUAGAUAAGCUGCAUUCAACACGACAGCACUUGCAUCAGAUGUGGCAUGUCCGUAAGCUGAAACUAGAUCAGUGCUUUCAACUUCGACUUUUUGAACAAGAUGCAGAAAAGAUGUUUGAUUGGAUCAGCCAUAACAAAGAGUUGUUCCUGCAGAGUCACACUGAAAUUGGAGUGAGCUAUCAACAUGCCCUUGACUUACAGACCCAACAUAAUCAUUUUGCUAUGAAUUCCAUGAAUGCCUAUGUGAAUAUAAAUCGCAUCAUGUCCGUUGCAUCCAGGCUCUCAGAGGCUGGCCACUAUGCAUCUCAACAAAUUAAGCAGAUUUCCACACAGCUAGAUCAAGAGUGGAAGAGCUUUGCUGCAGCACUGGAUGAGCGUAGCACUAUCCUGGCCAUGUCUGCUGUGUUCCACCAGAAGGCUGAACAGUUUUUGUCUGGUGUAGAUGCCUGGUGUAAAAUGUGCAGUGAAGGAGGUCUCCCCUCGGAAAUGCAAAACCUGGAAUUGGCCAUCCACCAUCAUCAGUCUCUUUAUGAACAGGUCACUCAGGCUUACACUGAGGUAAGUCAGGAUGGAAAAGCUUUACUGGAUGUCCUGCAACGUCCCUUGAGUCCUGGAAACUCAGAAUCCCUCACUGCUACAGCAAAUUAUUCCAAGGCUGUUCACCAAGUUUUGGAUGUGGUCCAUGAGGUCUUACAUCACCAGCGACGCUUGGAGAGCAUCUGGCAACACAGGAAGGUUCGGUUACAUCAGCGGCUUCAACUUUGUGUUUUCCAGCAAGAUGUUCAGCAGGUUCUGGACUGGAUUGAAAACCAUGGGGAGGCCUUUCUUAGUAAACACACUGGAGUGGGGAAGUCUCUUCACAGAGCACGAGCUCUUCAGAAAAGGCAUGAUGAUUUUGAAGAAGUAGCACAGAAUACCUAUACCAAUGCAGACAAGCUACUGGAAGCAGCAGAGCAACUGGCCCAGACUGGGGAGUGUGAUCCUGAAGAGAUCUACAAAGCAGCACGGCAUCUAGAAGUGCGGAUUCAGGACUUCGUUAGGAGAGUGGAACAGAGGAAGCUUCUUUUGGAUAUGUCUGUCUCCUUCCAUACUCAUACCAAAGAGCUGUGGACAUGGAUGGAAGACCUGCAGAAGGAGCUCUUAGAAGACGUUUGUGCUGACUCCGUAGAUGCUGUUCAGGAACUCAUAAAGCAGUUCCAGCAGCAGCAAACAGCUACUCUGGAUGCCACUCUCAAUGUCAUCAAAGAAGGGGAAGAUCUAAUCCAGCAGCUCAGAGAUUCGGCGGUCUCUAACAAUAAAACACCACAUAAUAGUUCCAUCAGCCACAUUGAAUCUGUCCUCCAGCAGCUUGAUGAAGCUCAGGUCCAGAUGGAAGAGCUCUUCCAUGAGAGAAAAAUUAAGCUGGAUAUCUUUCUUCAGCUCCGGAUUUUUGAACAGUACACUAUUGAGGUGACUGCUGAAUUAGAUGCCUGGAAUGAGGAUUUGCUACGUCAAAUGAAUGAUUUCAACACCGAGGAUCUCACUUUGGCUGAACAGCGUCUGCAGAGGCAUACAGAGAGGAAGAUGGCUAUGAAUAAUAUGACUUUUGAGGUCAUUCAGCAAGGACAAGAUUUGCACCAGUACAUCAUGGAAGUGCAAGCUUCAGGCAUUGAACUAAUCUGUGAAAAGGACAUCGAUCUAGCAAUCCAAGUGCAAGAGCUGCUGGAAUUCCUUCAUGAGAAACAGCACGAGUUGGAGCUGAAUGCUGACCAGACGCACAAACGGCUCGAGCAGUGCCUUCAGCUUCGGCACCUGCAGGCAGAGGUUAAGCAGGUCCUUGGCUGGAUCCGUAACGGAGAAUCAAUGCUCAAUGCCAGUCUUGUCAAUGCAAGUUCCUUGUCGGAGGCUGAGCAACUCCAGAGAGAGCAUGAGCAGUUUCAGCUGGCCAUAGAGUCCCUCUUUCAUGCCACUUCCUUGCAGAAGACGCACCAGAGUGCCCUCCAGGUGCAGCAGAAGGCAGAGGUGUUACUGCAGGCCGGCCAUUACGAUGCUGAUGCCAUCCGGGAAUGUGCGGAAAAAGUGGCCUUACAUUGGCAGCAGCUCAUGCUAAAGAUGGAGGACCGGCUGAAACUGGUUAAUGCCUCUGUUGCUUUCUAUAAAACUUCAGAGCAGGUUUGCAGUGUGCUGGAGAGUUUGGAGCAAGAAUAUCGAAGAGACGAAGACUGGUGUGGAGGUCGGGAUAAGCUGGGACCAUCCUCUGAGAUAGAUCAUGUUAUCCCCUUAAUCAGCAAACAUCUGGAACAGAAGGAAGCCUUCCUCAAGGCCUGCACACUAGCACGAAGGAAUGCAGAAGUGUUUCUCAAGUACAUUCAUCGAAACAACGUCAGCAUGCCAGGAGUAGUGAGCCAUACCAGGGGCCCUGAACAGCAAGUGAAAGCCAUUCUGAGUGAGCUGCUGCAGAGGGAAAAUCGUGUUCUUCACUUCUGGACUUUGAAGAAAAGGCGACUGGAUCAGUGUCAGCAAUAUGUAGUCUUUGAGCGCAGUGCAAAGCAGGCUUUGGAUUGGAUUCAGGAAACUGGAGAAUAUUAUCUCUCUACUCACAGUUCCACUGGAGAAUCAGCAGAUGAAACACACGAGCUUUUGAAAGAAUAUGGAGAAUUCAAAGUACCUGCCAAGCAAACCAGGGAGAAAGUGAAGCUUCUCAUUCAGCUGGCCGAUAGCUUCGUGGAGAAAGGACACACACAUGCCACAGAAAUUAGGAAAUGGGUUACUACAGUUGACAAGUGCUAUCGGGAUUUUUCACUGAGAAUGGGGAAGUACCGCUACACUUUGGAAAAAGCUCUUGGGAUCAAUACAGAGGAUAAUAAAGACCUGGAGUUGGACAUCAUUCCAGCAAGUCUGUCUGAUCGUGAAGUAAGGCUACGUGAUGCCAGCCAUGAAGCCAAUGAAGAAAAGAGAAAGUCAGCCAGAAAAAAAGAGUUCAUCAUGGCUGAAUUGCUUCAGACCGAGAAGGCCUACGUUAGGGACCUGCAUGAAUGUUUAGAGACCUACCUUUGGGAAAUGACAAGUGGAGUAGAGGAGAUACCACCAGGGAUUCUGAACAAGGAACACAUAAUAUUUGGAAACAUCCAGGAAAUAUAUGACUUUCAUAACAAUAUUUUUUUGAAAGAAUUGGAAAAAUACGAACAACUUCCUGAAGAUGUUGGUCACUGCUUUGUCACCUGGGCGGAUAAGUUUCAGAUGUAUGUUACCUACUGUAAAAACAAACCUGAUUCCAGCCAAUUGAUCCUAGAGCAUGCAGGAACAUUUUUUGAAGAAAUUCAACAAAGGCAUGGUCUGGCCAACUCCAUUUCCUCAUAUUUGAUCAAACCUGUCCAGAGGAUUACAAAGUAUCAACUUUUAUUAAAGGAGCUUUUAACAUGCUGUGAAGAAGGAAAAGGAGAACUCAAGGAUGGUUUGGAAGUAAUGCUCAGUGUCCCUAAGAAAGCCAAUGAUGCCAUGCAUGUAAGCAUGUUGGAAGGGUUUGAUGAAAAUUUGGAUGUUCAGGGAGAACUGAUUCUUCAGGAUUCAUUCCAAGUUUGGGAUCCCAAAUCUCUCAUCCGGAAGGGUCGCGAGAGACAUUUGUUUCUCUUUGAAAUCUCUCUAGUUUUCAGCAAAGAGAUAAAAGAUUCUACAGGACAUACUAAAUAUGUUUACAAGAACAAAUUACUGACCUCAGAACUAGGAGUAACAGAGCACGUGGAAGGAGAUCCAUGCAAGUUUGCCUUGUGGUCUGGACGAACUCCCUCUUCGGAUAACAAAACAGUGUUAAAAGCAACCAGUAUUGAAACUAAACAAGAAUGGAUUAAAAAUAUUCGAGAAGUGAUACAAGAAAGGAUUAUACAUUUAAAAGGAGCUUUGAAAGAGCCAAUUCAACUCCCCAAAACCCCAGCCAAGCAAAGGAACAACAGUAAGAGAGAGGGAGGAGAAGAUGCCGACAGCCAAGGAGAUGGGAGUAGUCAGCCUGACACAAUUUCAAUUGCAUCCAGGACUUCUCAGAAUACAGUAGACAGUGACAAGCUGUCUGGAGGAUGUGAACUAACUGUGGUGCUGCAAGACUAUGUUGCCAGUCACAGCAGUGAACUGAGUAUUCAGGUGGGACAGACUGUGGAGUUACUCGAAAGGCCAAGUGAACGACCAGGCUGGUGCCUGGUACGGACCACAGAAAGGAGUCCACCUCAAGAAGGUCUGGUUCCCAGCAGUGCUCUCUGCAUCUCCCAUUCCCGGAGCAGUGUAGAAAUGGACUGCUUCUUCCCGUCAGGAAAAGAUGCCUAUUCUACCUCCUCCAAUGAAAACGGAGCAAAAUCUGAUUCUGUGGCUAAUUUACAGCCCCACACAUCCCUCAAUUCCAUCCAGAGCUCCCCCGGUCCAAAGCGUUCAACCAACACCCUGAAAAAAUGGUUGACGAGCCCUGUACGUCGACUGAACAGUGGGAAGGCUGACAGCAACAUCAAAAAACAGAAGAAAGUACGUGAAGGAAGGAAGAGCUUUGACCUAGGAUCUCCCAAGCCAGGAGAUGAAACCACACCUCAGGGAGAUAGCGCCGAUGAGAAGAGCAAGAAAGGUUGGGGUGAAGAUGAACCAGAUGAAGAAUCUCAUACACCACUUCCUCCUCCAAUGAAGAUUUUUGAUAAUGAUCCUACACAAGAUGAGAUGUCUUCCUCUUUGCUAGCUUCUCGACAGACCAGCUCUGAUGUGCCAACUGCUGCGGAUCUUGUCAGUGCAAUAGAAAAAUUGGUCAAAAGCAAGCUGACAUUGGAAGGGGGCUCCUACCGAGGAAGCUUAAAGGAUAGUACUGGAUGUUUGAAUGAGAUUGUGACACCUUCAACCCCUCCUUCAAGAAACCUUGAAGAGGAACAAAAGGCCAAAGCAAUGAGAGGCAGGAUGUUUGUUCUAAAUGAACUGAUACAAACAGAGAAAGACUAUGUCAAGGACUUAGGAACUGUGGUGGAGGGAUUUAUGAAAAGAAUAGAAGAAAAAGGUGUUCCUGAAGAUAUGAAAGGAAAAGACAAGAUUGUGUUUGGAAACAUUCACCAGAUCUAUGAUUGGCACAAAGAUUUUUUUCUUGCUGAAUUGGAAAAAUGCCUUCAGGAACAUGACCGUUUAGCACAGCUGUUCAUCAAACAUGAGAGGCGAUUGCACAUGUACGUGGUAUACUGUCAAAACAAACCAAAAUCAGAAUAUAUAGUAGCUGAAUGCGGUCCAUAUUUUGAGGAAGUGCAACAAGAAAUAAACCAGCGGUUAACUCUCAGUGACUUCUUAAUUAAGCCCAUUCAAAGAAUAACCAAGUACCAGUUGCUUCUCAAGGAUUUCCUGAAAUAUAGUGAAAAGGCUGGAUUGGAUUGCUCGGAGACAGAGAAAGCUGUGGAGUUGAUGAGCCUUGUUCCUAAACGCUGCAAUGACAUGAUGAAUCUGGGACGACUGCAGGGCUUUGAGGGCAAGCUGGCAGCUCAAGGGAAAUUGUUGCAACAGGAUACGUUCUAUGUAACAGAGCAGGACUCUGGAGGGUUGUCUCGGCCAAAAGAGCGCAGAGUUUUCCUCUUUGAGCAAAUAGUCAUCUUUAGUGAACUACUUAGGAAAGGCUCCUUAACACCUGGGUACCUGUUUAAGAGGAGCAUAAAGAUGACAUAUCUAAUACUUGAGGACAAUGUGGACAAUGAUCCUUGCAAAUUUGCUCUCAUGAAUCGGGAAACAUCGGAACGGUUCGUAUUGCAGUCUGCCAAUCCUGAAAUCCAACAAGCUUGGGUACAGGAUAUCAGUCAAGUACUUGACACCCAGAGGGACUUCUUAAAUGCAUUACAGUCUCCAAUAGAGUAUCAGCGGAAAGAAGGCAGCAGCUCAGCUGUAAUGAGGCCCCAGACCAGCCGGGCACCUCAGCCCAUCACCAGACCCUAUUCCUCAGGACCUGUAGGACCUGAUAAAACUUCAAAGGUUACAAUGCGCAAUCCAUCGCUUCCACCUCUGAAGAUAUCUACCUCCAAUGGUAACACAGGGCAUGAACAGCACCAGCCUGAGGACAGAUAUGAACAGAGCAAGAAUGACUUGGGUGGGUGCAAUGGAACCUCUUCUAUGGUGGUCAUCAAAGAUUACUAUGCAUUAAAGGAGAAUGAGAUCUGUGUCAACCAAGGUGAAGUGGUCCAAGUACUUGCCAUUAACCAGCAGAACAUGUUCCUUGUAUACCAGCCUGCCAAUGACCACUCACCAGCAGCAGAAGGAUGGAUCCCAGGAAAUAUCUUGGCUCCCCUCACUAAAUCAACUACAGAUAGUAGCGACGGAAGCAUAAAGAAGUCAUGUUCAUGGCAUACCCUGCGCAUGAGAAAGCGGGCGGAAAAGGAAAGCAGUGGCAAAACGGAAGCCAAUGGCCUACGUAAACCCAAGGAUAUUCUGGGCAACAAAGUCUCUGUUAAAGAGACAAACAGUUCAGAAGAGUCAGAAUGUGAUGACCUUGACCCCAACACUAGCAUGGAGAUCAUCAACCCAAAUUUCAUCCAGGAAGUUGCUCCUGAGUUUCUCGUGCCCUUAGUGGAUAUCACUUGCUUACUUGGAGACACCGUAAUGUUGCAGUGCAAAGUCUGUGGGCGGCCCAAACCAACCAUCACCUGGAAAGGACCGGAUCAAAACAUACUUGACAAUGACAGCAGCACCGCUGCCAUUACGAUUACCUCCUGUGAAUCAGGUGACAUUACCCUAAAGAUCUGCAACGUGAUGCCUCAGGACAGUGGCAUUUACACCUGUGUGGCCACAAAUGAACUUGGGACAGUAUCCACAUCCGCAACGAUCAAAGUACAAGGGGUUCCAGCUGCCCCAAAUCGGCCUAUUGCUCAGGAAAGAAGCUGCACUUCGGUGAUUCUCCGCUGGCUGCCUCCAUCCAGCACAGGCAACUGUACCAUUUCAGGCUACACAGUCGAGUACAGAGAAGAAGGCUCCCAGAUCUGGCAGCAGUCUGUGGCCUCAACUUUGGACACCUACCUCGUUAUUGAAGACCUCACACCUGGCUGUCAGUACCAGUUCCGGGUCAGCGCCAGCAAUCCCUGGGGGAUUAGCUUACCCAGCGAGGCCUCUGAAUUUGUGAAACUCCCAGAAUACGACUCUGCAGCGGAUGGUGCCACCAUUACUUGGAAAGAGAAUUUUGAUUUUGCCUAUACAGAGCUGAAUGAAAUUGGACGGGGCCGAUUUGCUGUCGUAAAGAAAUGUAUUCACAAAGCCACAAGGAAGGAUGUUGCAGUGAAGUUUGUCAAUAAAAAAAUGAAAAAGAAAGAACAGGCCGCACAUGAAGCAGCCAUGCUGCAACACCUACAACACCCUCAGUAUAUCACCAUUCAUGACACUUAUGAGUCACCAUCUUCCUACAUCUUAGUUUUAGAACUAAUGGACGACGGCCGUCUCUUGGAUUAUCUUAUGAAUCAUGAUGAACUGAUGGAGGAAAAAAUAGCUUUUUAUAUAAGAGAUACGAUGGAAGCUUUACAAUAUCUUCACAAUUGUCGAGUUGCUCAUCUGGACAUAAAGCCAGAAAAUUUACUGAUUGAUUUACGGAUCCCAGUGCCACGGGUUAAGUUAAUUGACCUUGAAGAUGCUGUUCAAAUCACAGGCCAUUACCAUGUCCAUCAUCUGCUUGGAAACCCUGAAUUUGCUGCUCCAGAAGUUCUCCAGGGGGCUCCAGUGUCCCUGGGCACAGAUAUCUGGAGUCUUGGAGUGCUCACCUAUGUCAUGUUGAGCGGUGUUUCUCCCUUUCUGGAUGAAAGCAGGGAGGAGACAUGCAUCAAUGUGUGCCGAGUAGAUUUCAGCUUUCCCAAUGAGUACUUUUGCGAUGUAAGCCAUGCUGCCAAAGAUUUCAUCAAUGUCAUCCUUCAGGAAGACUUCAGGAGGAGACCUACGGCUGCCACUUGCUUGCAGCACCCGUGGCUGCAGUUUCAUAAUGGCAGCUAUUCCAAAAUACCUCUGGAUACCUCACGCCUGGCUACUUUCAUCGAACGCCGCAAACACCAGUUCGAUGUGCGCCCCGUUCCCAACGUUAAGAGUUUCAUUAUGAGCAGAAUGAACCUAGGAACGUAAAGCAAUAUAACUGUUUCAAUGUUUCAAUGAUAAUGGGGCACUACAGCGAGUGAAAAUGGAUUCUCUGCAACUCUUCCUCUCUGUACAGAGUAUUACAUUUGAUGUGAUUGUUGAGGAAAGUGUGUACCAUUUCAGCAGUUACAUUAUCUAAGUAGUUAGAAUUAGAUGCUUUCUCAGGUUGCCUCAGGUGCAACAUCUUGGGCGGGGGGUUGUUGUAACUACAUGGUCAUGUUCAAUAAGAUGGCAUCAGACAAGAACAGGAACCAAAACACAGUUAUCUUCUUUCUGAAAGAUUUGAAGAUCUUCAACCAUCUGAAAGAUCUAGACAGCUUUGCUAAUUAUAUGAAUAGUUGAAUGAUGUAUCUGAAAUUCAAUCAAAAAUUGGAAAAAAACAAAACUAGGUAACUAUUUAAAGUCAGCUAAAGAAACUGGACAGGAUAAAUAUUGGAUUCUGUGAAAAUUGCUAUCCUCAUGUUAAUCAGAGCUUUCCUCUAAGGCAGAUUUCAUUAAAUCCUGAACUAGAAUUAAUCUUGUAGUAAGAGUGCUGUACUUGAGACUCACAGUAACAGUGAAGUGAUAGAUACGUGGCAUUGAUCAAGAUAUCAGCAGACCGUUGCCAAUAAGGCCUCUUGGGAUGCCGCACAUUUUUUUUUGUUCAAGAUUAAUGUACUAUAAAGUAGCAGUGUGCUACUGAUAAGAUGGUAAGAGUAAAGUAAUGGAAACAUCAAAAACAUUUAGAUGAAGCACAAAAAAGUGAUUUUUUUAAAUUAAAGUUUUAUAGCUCUUGUACAGAAAACUUUUGUUGAGAAAAAGCUAUCUUAAAAUAAGUGCUGUAUCUGUAAACUAGAUGUCAAAAAAAAAUUCUAUUUGAAGAAUGUUUGUUGAAUCCUUAUCUUCUCUGUAACCUGAAAAGGAUCUUAUUUCCCUUUAUCUUAUAAAAAGUUGCUCAGUUGUGAAUUCAAGCCAAAGUUGGCCAAAGUGUGGUAAACAUAGUGGGUCCAUCUUUAUGCUUAUGGCUCUGAAAUUGGUCUUAGUACAUAAGGCUAAUAGUUUACUAUGACUGUAUGCAUUUAUCUUCUUAGCUCCAUUUCUCAAAUAUGGGUGGGUUGGUUUUUUUUUAUCCCAAAGCAUUGUAUGAAGCAACUCAACGAUAACAUUAAAAGUCAUUGCCAUAUUAGAUUCUGAUUAGCCAAGGACCCAACAAUGUAACAGCUCUUAACAACCAUUUCAAAUGAAGUGGUUUUUUUAAAUAAUAGUUCAUUAUCUUUGUAAAACCAUUCCAACACUGAACACCCCAAGAGUAUUUUAAUACAGCUAGUGAAUUAUUCAUGCCUUGCUGAAUUGACAUUCUUUAGAAGUCAAAUCAAUCAAAACAUCCAUCUGUUUUUUUCUCCUUUUCCCACUUCCCCAACAAUUAAUGUCCUGCAUGCCUUAGGGUAGGCUGAUUUAUUUAGUGAUUAUCUACCGAUAUGAUGGUUGCUACCAUCUUACAUGCAGAGAUAAUGGGCUCCUGUUGUUGGAUCACAAAGUGCCAAUGAUUUGAGGGUGUCCUUUCACUACUCGAGAUAUAAAAAGCUCCUGAUACAAUACUUUCAAAGCCAAAUGUAUUGUUUGGAGAAAAGAUAAAAUAAAUCUCAUCAUUCUGGGAAAAGCAAAGGAAUAAUUGACGCUUUCAUCCCUUGGCAGGAUGGUACAGAUAAUUAGGUUUCCAAAUGAAUGCAUAACCCCCGUGAUAAGCUGACAUUUGGUAACUUUGUUGGUAUUCUGUCAGUGGCACCAAGGGUUUUCCUCUCAGAGCCCACAAGACAGAGAACUCUUGUACAAUUGAAAGUUAGGGAGGGUGGAAGGAACUGGCAACAGUUCUUGCAAUUUUAUAAUGAAUAGUGACAAGAAUUGUAGAAGACAAUUGAACUCAAUUCCUAAAGAAAACGUGGGGCAAAGAGAACUAUAACACAGAGUAAGUUUUCUAUUCUGCAAUAAGCAUUGCUACUUUUCUCCUUGUUCUUUUCCAGGAGUGAUUAAGCCUCAAUAUUUCUGGCUUAAAAGGAUUGGGUCUGGGGUCAAGAAUACUAAAACAGGAAGAAUUCCAAAUCUUUAGCAUGUUAGAUUUAAUGGGUUAGAUUAUUAUUAUUUAAUUCUAUCAGGAUUACUGAGCAAAGUUCUAUCUCAAAGGUUUCUGCCAUAGAAAGGCGUGUGACUCUUGCCGAUUCCACACUCUGUCUAGGGCAAAGCUCCUAGUGUUGUUCAUUUAUUUUUCCAGGGGUGUCCUCCAUCUUCUGAAAUAGUUUUUUUUUUUUUAGGGGAGAUAUAGAAUUGCUGGAAUUGGGAGAAAAUAGGGAUAUAUUUUCUCCCCUGCUCUUCUGAUGGAAAUUCUUUAGUGGAUUUAAAGUCUCCUGUUUACUGAAGGAAUUUAUAAAUUCCAACAAAGACCCUAUCAUCUAUUUCAGACAUAAGAAUCUCAGUCUAUUAAUUUUUUGGACCAAGAUCCUGGUCUGAUCUCGUUUUUAUCUAUUUUAUUUUGUGGGGAGCCUACUUCAUUUUUUUCAAGACAUUAUGCCUUAAGAACCAAGAAAACAUUCGCCAAAUAAAGAAAGGGAAAUAACAAGGAUUAAAUUCACAGGCGCACAGGCCACCUUGUCUGAACUGGCACAAUAUUGGGGUUACUAAAGCCUCCGUCCCAAAGACAUUUGCAGUUUUUUCUUGGCGAUUCUCUCUCUUGCAUCUUGUUUUACUUGGUGCAUGCUCUUUACAAUAUAAAUUAUGGUUUUGUAAGACUCAUGUCAUACUUAAUAAUAAUUCUAAAUCAAAUUAACAGGGCUAUUUCCUUAAUAUUUUCCCCUUUUUCUAUCAAACUUCUCCAAACAAGUGCUACAGAUGUUUUUUCCCCUUGUCUCACUAGAUAAGUAAUAAUCAAUAGAGGAAAGCAGAACAAACAGUACAGAAAAUGAAUUGAUGUUAGGAUUUGGGGCUAUUAAGUAUAUAUAGAGUGCCUUUGCUAGAAAAAAAAGGCAAAGUCCUUUUCCUUUAAAUACAAGAUGUUCAUUUUUUCAUAAUCCAUUUUUUUCUCCUAGAACUUUGCUGUACUUAAUAUCAAAGUAACGGUUAUAUGUUGCAAUGCUGUCAUAACAUGGAAUGUAAGAUCAGAUCAAUUCCUUGUUGCCUUAAGAAACUAUUUCUAAAAGGCACUGACAAUCAUCUAAAGGUGUGGCAUGUGGGCUCAGGUAAAAACAAAAGCCAAGAUUCAACUGAAGUUGGAUCCUAAAAUCACACCUAUUCCUUUUCUUAAGAUCUAUGCUGCACUGCUACAUAUACUAAUGAGUAAGUCUGGCUGAAAAAAAUGCCACAUCCAAGUAAAGAUGUUUUUAAAAAUUAUGGGCAAUUUUUGCUAGACCUGAAACAAUCUAACAGAAGCGUCACCAUUUUAUUUAUGGAUGUAAUUUGCUUAAAUUUCCUUUCUUCAAGCUGUGCUAGCCAUUAGCUUCACAAUUGCCUACCUGGGCGUCCAGUUCUGCUACUCUUCAUAUACAUCAAUCAAAUGUUCACACAUGCUCCAAAUUUGAGUAACGUGUGAUCCUAAAAAAAAUGUAUGACUUUUAUACGGAAUAGUUUACUAUGAAUUAUUGCUGAAAUCUUCACUGUAAGCAAACAUUGGGAUAAACCCUGGUGAUUUUGUGACUGGUGCUCCAUAGAAUAAGCAUAAAUUGUGACACAAAUCUAAGUGUUUCUUCAGAUAUUAAAGCAACUGUUACUUCAAAGGGCUCUGUAAUGUGGAUGUAAAACCUAUCUAGCCCAAUUACCUUUUUUUUUGCAUCAAGAGCAAUCAGAUGCUACACAAAUAAAAGAGGCUGGGAGUUGUGUUUUUUUUAAAGCUCAUCUGUCAAAAUAUGAAAAUCUCGUUUUGUGAGACAAUGUUAGCAAAGUAGUUCAAGACUGGCUGCAAGCAGAUGUAUUAUUCUGGCCCUUAUUCAGUGUCUUGGAUCUGUCCGACACAGCUGCAUGUUCUUUCUUAAAGAACCACUGAUUACAUGUGGUCAAGUGUGACUAGCAAUGAUUUGGGUCCUUUAGCAUGUAGCUCAGAACGGCUCUACACCAUCGGAAUCUCAAAAAAUUCUGAAAGUGCCAUUUCCAUGGACUUCUUUUCUUUCCUAUUUGUUUCGAGCAUCUAUUAUUCAUCAGAUGAUGGUGCUUUCUUAGCAUAAUAAAAUCAAACCCACCCUUUUUCUCCUAAAUACUCAUUCUAAAAUCAUUAUAUUAAUGAUUGUCAACAUGUCAGGAUUAGUUGGCUUAUUUAUACUUUCAAAAUAGGAAAACGCUUGUUCUAUUUAAGCCAUAUUUUGCAUUCUAUUUUUAUGUGCUAGUGCUUUAAUCAGAUCUUCGUAUUUUGCUAGCAAAUUAUUCUGAUUUUACCCAUGUGACUCCACAAUAGACACAUAUUCUGUCAUGUGAAGAACAUUACAUAUCUUUCCAUAUUUAUUUAUGAGUAAGCCCCAAUGAAUUCAAAGAUGAACAGUUUGAGUACAGUCCCACAAACAACAUUUGGGUAUACAAGUCAUUCAAUUUGGUGGGACUUUUUCAUAAAGAGAUACACAUUGGAUUACACUAUUACUACAGUGGACUUGCAGCUGUUGUGUAAGGUCCCACCAAUAGUGAGAACUGUAGGAAAGUUAUUAUAGUAAUGGGUUGUUUUUUUGUUUGGAUGGAGACAACUAUAUAUCCGAGAUGCUGUCAGGAUUUCCACAAAGGAAAUAAUCAGACUAAAUAACUCCUAUUCCCAUCCUUUCAAAGGUCAAGGUGCAAACUUAUUUCACAGCCUUAAACAAAUUUCAGUCUUUUGCUGGUCUGCCUUAAGUGGUAUUAUUUUAUUGUUAAUUUCAUUUUGUAUGCAUAUGUGUUUUGUAAAGAAGCAUUUUGUAAAUAUUUUAUUUAUACCUCUUCAUAUGUAAUGUUGUAAUGUUCCUAUUCUUUGGCAACGUAUGAUCUCUAUGGAUAAAAAGUUACAUUUUAGGCUACUACCUUCCUUAUAAAUGCAAUAUAUAAAAGAGUUAGCCCUGGAUUGUUUUAGAAUAUAUAAUUAAUUGUUCUGAUAAAAUCGACUAAGCCAUAUAUAAUACAUUUGGUGAGUAGACGUUUUUAUUUUGGCCGCUAUCAAUGACCCCCAACUUGUGAUCUAAUAUCCAUUGGUGGCCUGCAAGAAUAUAGCAGGUGUCCAUAACACUGACAGAAAAAAAAAAGCCCCAAAUCUCAUGAUCACCCAAU